AUGGCGGAUUUUGACCACGAACUGAUAGAUUUUCUGCGCGAGCGGCACGUGCGUUUCUUCCAGCGCUGCCUGCACGUGCUGCCCGAGAGAUACGCGCCACAGGAGACCAGAAGGUUGACGAUCGUGUUCUUCGCUCUGUCGGGUCUCGAUGCUCUGGAUGCUCUGGAUCUCGUGGACAAGCCUGGUUUAAUCGAGUGGAUUUAUUCCCUGCAGGUUCUUCCCACCGAAGACAAUCUGUUGGAAGAUGCUAAAACUCUACCUGGUCCUGUCUCUCCGCAGGGCCCCGGGGCUCCUCACACGUAUGACAGCGGUCACGUGACCAUGACCUACACGGGCCUGGCGUGUCUGCUGAUCCUGGGAGACGAUCUGAGGCGUGUGUGUAGAGAAGCGGUGAUGAGCGGUCUGAGAGCGCUGCAGCUGGACGACGGCAGCUUCUGUUCUGUUCCUGAAGGGAGUGAGAACGACAUGAGGUUUGUGUACUGUGCCGCCUGCAUCUGCUUCAUGCUGGACGACUGGUCAGGAAUGGAGCAGCGUGAGUCCUGCACUUCCUGUCCAUUCCUGUCCACUUCCUGUCCACUCUCGUAUGACAGCGGGAUCGGUCAGGGAGCCGGACUCGAGUCUCACGGUGAGUCACGCUCCUCUCCUCAGUCUCUCUCAGUCGAGCUUGUGAUGAUAACGGCUCUGUCCUGGCUCAGGCGGAUCCACCUUCUGUGCCGUGGCGUCUCUGUGCAUGAUGGGAAAGCUGCAGGAGGUGUUCAGCGAGCGACAGCUGAAGCGGAUCCGGCGCUGGUGCAGACGGGCUUCCACGGACGACCCAACAAACCUGUGGACACCCGCUACUCCUUCUGGGUCGGAGCCACGCUGGAGCUCUUAGACGUGUUCCAGUACACAGACCUUGAGAAGAACCGGAACUACAUCCUGUCCACGCAGGACCGCUUGGUGGGCGGCGUCGCUAAAUGUCCCGACAGUCAUCCAGAUUUAGCUGAUCUUUAG